GGGGCUGCGGGCGCGGCCGGGAUGUACGAGCAGCUUAAAGGGGAAUGGGGGCCCGGAAGAGCCCGAAACCUCAACAAGUGCGGGGAGGCCUUGGGCCGGCUCAAGCUGGCGCUGCUGGAUCUGAACUUCCUGCCCACAGGAGGAACUGAGCUCACCAAACAGCAGCUGGUGUUGGCCAGGGACAUCCUGGAGAUCGGGGCGCAGUGGAGCAUCCUGAAGAAGGACAUCCCGUCAUUCGAGCGCUACAUGGCCCAGCUCAAGUGCUACUACUUCGACUACAAGGAUGAGCUCCCGGACUCCGCGUUCCGGCACCAGCUGUUGGGUCUGAACCUGCUGUUCCUGUUGUCCCAGAACCGAGUGGCCGAAUUUCACACGGAACUUGAACGACUUCCGGCCCGGGACAUUCAAACCAACGUCUACAUCCGGCAUCCGGUGUCACUCGAGCAGGUGAGGGGGGAGGGACUUCCGGUUUGGGGGGCACUUCCGGUGUGAGUAUGUGUGGAGGACUUCCGGUUUGUGGGCACUUCCGGUGUGAGUAUGUGUGGAGGACUUCCGGUUUGAGGGGUACUUCCGGUGUGAGUAUGUGUGGAGGACUUCCGGUUUGGGGGGCACUUCCGGUGUGAGUAUG